GCUUUCUUCCCCUCACCUCAGGCGGGGCCGCGUGAUGCCCCGCCCAGUGUUCAGCCGUCGCAGGUAUGAAAACGAGUGUGAAUGUCAACUGCUGCUGAAAGAAAUGCUUGAACGUCUUAACAAGGAGGCUGACGAAGCCUUGCUGCAUAACUUGCGCCUUCAGCUCGAGGCCCAGUUUCUUCAGGAUGAUAUCAGCGCGGCAAAGGACAGGCACAAAAAGAAUCUUCUGGAAGUUCAGACUUAUAUCAGCAUCCUGCAGCAGAUCAUGCAUACCACUCCUCAAGCCACCAUCGUGACGAGUGGGAUGAGGGAGGAGAAGUUCCUGACGGAACGGGAGGUGGCCGCCCUGCGCAGUCAGCUGGAGGAGGGCCGGGAGUUGCUCUCCCACCUGCAGGCGCAGAGAGUGGAGCUGCAGGCCCAGGUACCCUCGUGUCUGCGCGGCAGAGUCCCCCACACGUCCUCCUGGGGUGUCCCAGGCACACAUACCUAUGUAGUGCGAGUUGUCACACUGAACACAACCGUGUACCUGGCAGAAACAGGGCCUCUGAGUGGGUGA